AUGCUGAUCAUUUGUAGUAGUACAAAGGAGAUUUUGAUUUGGGCCUUGAGUCACGAGACUAUUUUUGGCCUAGUCUGGUGCUUAAACACCUGUUCUUAUGGUGUACCUGAUUGGACAUUGAUAGAAGUGCUGGUUCGGGACUAUGGAAUCGUUUGCAUUAGCCGACCUCAGUCGAACCCGGCCAAGAUCGUGUUCGAAUCAGAAAUUCUGAGCAAAUACGAAUCCAAUAUUUUGCUGAUUACGGAUUGGUGCCAAAACGCACUGAGUGCAACCCUGGUUCGCCGUGCCCUAUCACUUGGUGAAACCGUUCGCUACCUUGUACCCGAUGGUGUGCUGGACAAAAUUUACGAUUUGGGUCUGUAUAACGCAAAACGACCCCCUCGUUAUUCCGUUCACCGAAGUCAAAUAGCCGGCGAAUCACAGUUCGACGAGCAACAGUGA